UUAUUUAUUGCCACUGCAUAAAGGUAUUGUUCACAGUGAUACCUAAGUACACAAGGCCGCUAGUGUAGUGAGUGCAUCACUUAGCAAACGUAUUUGUGAAGACUAUGUCUGAUAACAUACAGGAGUUACUUUGAUGAUAUUUUAUGUAUCAGCAGAGAUUGCUUAGCUGAAAGGAAAGCAGCUUUCUAUUUCCAGUCAAAACUGAGACCAUGUUGGAUGAGGUCGAAAGAGCCCACUUCAGAGUUAUGACAUCAUGACAAAUAUUCAAGAUCUCCUUGACGAAGAAUACAAAGAAUUUGCCGACGUCGUCCUCAUUGAGAGUCCAUUCAUUCUCGUUACGCCACAUCAGCAUGGCAUACAGUUCGUCAGAGCAGCGUUCACGCCCGACAAGUUGAUCAUUGCUGUAACAAGCGAGAAGGAAGAGGAUGCUGGGGGUGAGGAAGAUGAGGAUGAACUUGAGUUGAUGAAGCUGUUACCUCUGCCAUUCAUACAGAUAUCAGUAUUGGACAAGAAGUGCAAGCGAAUUGAGGUUCAGCUGUGUAACAAUGAGAUUAUUUACCUGGAGUUCCGUGACGGAGGCUCACAGGCAUUGUGGAAGGAGUGGGAGAGAAAGAUAAAGAUUCUCAACGGUAAAUCUCAGGGCGAAGAGAGCCCGUUUAAAAUCGACCCGAAACUUCAGGCGAUUGCAGAAAGUGCGGGUAAAUCUCCAAGGACUAAAAGGGUUAAGAAAAAGAAAGGUGAAAGGAAAAAAAAAUAUAGGAAAAAAUCCCGACACAAGGAGAAAAACAUGGACGAUUUGAAUCAGUCUGACGAGGGGAAUAAUUCUGAUAUGGAGUCAAAUGCUGGUGUUGCUGCUUCAAAGAGUACAAGGAGACGUCGGAAAUUAGGAAGGGGGGCUCCAGUGAGGUUACUCAAUGUGACUCCUGGAGCGGAAUCUCAUAGGAGUGAUCUAGUCGGGGAUAACAAUAUCUGGGAUAGAGACCAAAAAGUCGAUAAUGCUGCCCGGGAAGCAUCGAGAGCAAGGUGGAGAAAACUUGCCAUACAAACGCGCUUCGUUUUUCACAGAUCACGAAAAGUAUCCUUUGGUGUUUCUGAACUGUUUGCAAAGGCGUGGACCCCUAAAGAAAAAGGUUUCCAAAGUGGUAUUCAUAGGGCUGUUUCAAUAUCUGGAGUAAGAUCAAGGACCUUGCUCGACGAAGGGGACCAGCAAAGCGACCUCUCAUUCGAGGAAAGGCAGUUACAGAGGACGUCAUCGCUACCUCAGGUGUUCGAAGGAGAAGCUACGUUUCUGGAGAGUCCACCAUCUAGUCAAGCCAGCUUGGUGAAGGACGGUUACAAGGUGGAUGACAAAGUUUCGUUCAACCGUUUUAGGAGAUCUGCUUCCACUGAUCAAGGAAAGUUCAGACGUCCAAGUUUUAUGCCUCCCUACGACCCUGACCGUGACCGGCUUAUUCAAGAAUCCUCCAACGAGAGUAUAUCCAAAGUGUUUAAUGAUGUGAGACGAGAGUCUCAGUUCCCUUCUUCCAACCAGGACGACUCCUUAACUUCAAGUCAAACAAAGACGCGCAAGAGUAUAUUACACCGUCUGUUAUCACCAAGUAAAGAUAAACUCUUCUCGAAGAAGAAAAAUAGUUAUCACCUUCAACCGCCGCCGCUUAAAAACUUGGCGAGUGGUGGCAAUGAUGACCAUAUGCCAGCAGACGACACAGGCAUGGUUUCAGCCAAGAUUGAUUUUGAGAUCUGUUCACCUAUGUCUUCAAAAGGGCAUAUGGAUGAGGAAGUUUUCAGGAGGAAUAUGAUCUUGUUUGUGGUGUCCUUGAAUGCUAUGACAGUGGCUAGAGAACUGACCUUGAUUGUCAAGAAGUUAUUCUUCAACAUUCCUAGUUCAGAGCUGACCGACUGCCUCUGGACGAAGAAGGAUAAGUACCAAAGGGCUCCAAAUAUCAUGACGAUGAUAGACUUUUUUGAGAGGAUAGCCAAUCUCGUAGCAACACAGAUCUUGAACGGUCACACGGUGCAGGAGAGAGCGAAACUGUGCAGGAAAUUUAUAUCGAUUGCCGAGAAGUGUCACCAGAUUCAGAACUUCAACUCACUUCGCUCAAUUCUUGGUGGACUUCAAAUCACACCGAUCUAUCGUCUCGAGGCAACGUGGGGUUACAUCAUGUCCAAGUAUCCAAAGAAAUACAAGUCAUUCCAGGACCUUUCUGACCUGAUGAGCCAUGAAGAAAACUUUGCCAAAUACCGCAGUGCAUUAGACAAUGCCAUGGAUAAUCCGCCGUGCAUGCCUUUUAUUGGUGUCUUCUUACAAACUGUCCUUGCGUUAGAUACCGCAAAGGAUGUAACGGGAUUAAAAAAGAAAAAAAGUGACUCGAGAAAAUCUUCGAAAGUUUCUACUCCAGCUGUCACGUUACAAUAUUCUGAGGAGCAUGUCAAGGAGAGUCCAGGUUCUCAACGGCGCGCGUCCAUCAUCGGUGCAGCUAAGGACAUGAAGGAGAAAGUAAUACAUUUGUAUCACAAGGUGCGGCACGAUGAACAUGAUGAUAAUAUCACAUCAGUUAUGGAAGAAGACGAAGGGAACCAAUCGGAUCAGAACAAUAAUGCUGGUCACUCUCAGGGGAAUCAGGAUUCAGUGAGCAAACGCAGCAGUAGUGGACAGCGUCAUCGCAAGUUAACUUUAUUUGACUGCAGCGAUGACGAUCUGUCAGACGACGGCCAUCAAAAGCCGGCGUUUCUACAGAUGAAACCUAAAGAUAUGCUCUUCCACUACCAGAUCGCUGCUCUUCCAUAUAACUUCCCCAGUGAUCCAAGUGUGAGGGAUUUCCUCUUGCAUGCCGAUUACUUUCCUGACGAGGAAAACUACAAAAUCUCGUUACAGAGAGAACCAAUCAAGCCAAAGUAAUGAAUGUUGUGUGAAAGAGCUAGUCUAAGUCGAAAAAAUCUGAGUCAUGUCUGUGGUGGUAGCAACAAUACCUACUGCCUACUGAUGAAAGCUAUUGUGAGCCACACAGACUGAACUAUCACUUGGUGCUUUGAGCAACUUACCACAUUGAGGUCAGGUUGUAAUUGUAUUGAGAGUGGGAUGUUUGAACAUGGUAGUUCUCGGUCUAGUCAGGUGUUCUCUUGUUGAACUUCAGAUGGAGUUGUGAUCUGUUUGACAGUUAUGUGUAUGUACAAACACAGCCAUUUCAGAUGUAGGGAGGAGGUUGAUAUCACUGAGUUUCAUUAGGCUGUCUAUCCACCAGUGGUUCCCUUGUGAGCUCAUUGUCUCUGUAGCAUGUUGCCUGCUACAACCGAUGAGAAUGUCCAAUAAGCCAAAGGUUGAGUUUUUGUGUGGUACUUCACAAGGUGACAAGCAACAUGGAAGAAGGAAAAGCUGCACAAGCCAACACGGAUGUCCAGACUUUGAUAGAGGUUGAUGACAUGUGGUGAUAUGAAUAAAGAGUAGUAAAUGCUUUUAUCUAAAACUCCAUGUACAUUUACACUUGGCCUUUCUGUACAAAAUUGAAGUAAAAGCAUUUGCUAGCCUUUAUUCAUAUCACCCAUGGUCACUCCAAGUAACCUUGAUUUCUGAAUGCCAUUUAAGUUGAUUUUUUUGUUAUUUUAUCGAUUUAUACAUGUAUGAUUUGAUUGAUGAUUUAGUCAUUGCCUUGUUUAUUAUGUUUUAUAUGGGUUUUUGCUUCUUAUUUGAGGAUUUCACAUGUUAGCCAUCUGUAAACUGCCAAAUUUUCACGGGCAUUUAAUUUUUUUGAUUAUUUUACAAAUGCCCUCGAAUCCAAAAAAUGAAGUUUUUGAUUUGAACUGAAACAAGUCUGUUAUCCGCCAAACAAAAUUUUUCCCGCAUGUCAAAAAUUAUCUGUCAAACUGAUGUAUCUCUGUAUGACACUUGUAUCUCAGAAUGAUAAUAUCAUAAAGCAUUGGUAAAAUAAUUUAGGAACACGGCCAAAGUGUAUAUCCCAGUUGUGAUGGAUUUGUCCUCUGUGUAAAGAGUACUACGACCUGCAUUCAUUUCAGUGAACUACAGGGUGAAAUAGACGUUCUGAUUAAUGCCUGUCAAGUGCUUUUAAAACUGUUGAGAGAGAAUGUUGAUUUUUAUUAAAAACUAUGUAAGUGCGUUUGUCCUUUUGCCUCUGGUGGCUGAAUAAGAGGCAAAUGAGUAUUUUAUAAGGUUCUGAAAUAAA